UUGGCUAGGGCAAGCUGUGAACUGCGCUGAAACACACGGCAUCCGAAGAUGACAUGCGGAUCGUAAGCUAUCUAGAACCGUAAGGAGUAUCGCGUCCUGAGAGCGUUUGUCUACGGCAGAUCUUAUCAAUCAGCCUCAUCGUACUACCACAUUCUAACAGAUCUUUGAGACUGUAAACGUCCAUUUCAAGUUUAUUGUGCGAGGACAUAAGUAUCAGAAAUGGCAUCACUUAAUAGAUUUUAUUCCUGAAGAGGACAAGCCAUAUCAAGUUUUACCAUAAAAAGAUCACUCAUAAAAAGCAAAGCUAGUGCUUACUGUGAUGACAUUAAUACCACUUUCCGUUUGUGCUAGCCAUUUCGUGUUCAAUCUAGACCCAAGCUGAAAGAGAACCAUUCUGACUUGAAAACUAAUCAUAAACGAUGACCAUCAGGCGUCUGGUAAUGUAGAGUUUCAGUACGAAUUGCUGUAGGCACUUACUCAGUCAAAUGCUCUUGCGUUUUUUUAUAAAUAAUAUGAUAAUAACGACUGUCCCGGGACUCCUCUGAAGUUGGCAUAAAAUCCAUUAAUAGAUAAAUGUGGAUUACAGGUUGGAUUUAAAAGCUUUUUGCAGAAAUCGAGUGCAUUGUGACAUUUUUCUGAAUUAGUCGCUUUUUGUUGUCAGAUUUGUGCGUGUCACCAAAAAUAUUGGCGGCCGCAUCGUCUGCCACUUAUUCUGAGAUCCGGCGCUUUCGGCUCGAUUGUUGUGAGAGAACGAAGUACAGCAAUGCAGAGUACAUUUUAACCCAAAUCUAUUACUGUCUCCCAGCUCGGCGGCUCAGACAGGGAGUGCCGUGCCGAGAAUCGUCUGUGCCAGCAGACAUUCAGCCCCGGGAAGCCGCUCAUUAUACCUGGAGAUUGUUACUCAAAACAAUACUGGAAAUUAUUUUCAUAAGUGAACCUUACACAGGAAGACGGCCAAUGAUUUAUGUCCCUGCAGUCAAUUAUCUCGAGUGGUAGCCUUAAAUCGAAGUUAUUUUUCUUCAUUUUACCAAGUUGGCGUUUGCUAAGACAGACCUCCUCGAGACAAAGCAGAACAUCAAGAAAGAAUUCUAUGGACCAUCGUAUGGACUAAGGAUCCACAGCUAAGAGGAGGUCUGACAGACUCUUGUCGCAAAAUGGGAAACGCGAAGAGUUCCAAUUCAAAAAAGAAGUGCAAAUUACCACGAGAAGAUAUGGAUUAUUUGUUAGAAAAGACUUGUUUUACAGAAAAGCAGAUUAAGGAAUGGUAUAAGGGCUACAUGAAAGACUGCCCUGAAGGAUCCUUGACCAGAAGUAAAUUCCUCGACCUUUAUUCAGAAUUCUUCCCCGACAGCAAAGCCAAGUCAUUUUACGAACACGUUUUCCGGACAUUCGACGAAGACAACAGUGGUGCCAUCGAUUUCAAGGAAUUCUUAGUAGCAAUUAGUAUAACCAAAUCAGGAGAACCAGAGGAGAAGCUGGCCCUGGCAUUUCGGCUGUAUGACAUAGACAGGAAUGGUACCAUUGAGGAGCAUGAGAUGACGGAGAUACUUAAAGCGAUCUACAGCUUAGUUGGUAGGGAACCUCAGUUAGAGAGCAGCCCAAAGGAGAGAGCAAGAUCCAUUUUCAAAAAGAUGGACACUAAUUGUGACGGCGUUCUCACCAAAGACGAAUUCGUGCAAGGUUGCUUAAAGGACGAGACGCUGUUUAAUAUGCUUACUACUAACAAUUGUGGGAUCAGUACAAAUGGCAAAGACUCGCUAUCUGAGUAACAAGAGGAGCAGCAUAAAGACAGAAAUAUGAGA